AACAACAACAAAAGAAGGCGCAGUCGGGUACCGAGGAGGAAACGGACUGAAAGAAAAAAAAAAGGCUCAACUGCACUGUGACUCCCGAUGUACAGUCCAUAAAUUAACGUUUUUUAUAUUUUAUUUCUUCCGAGAAGAAACCUCAAGUUUUUCUAUUUUUCGAAAAGUAACGCAUCUACCUCAGUUUUAAGGAUUUUAACCACGAUUUGUACUCGUUUACAUCUCCUCCUUCUGCCGCAGGGCUUUUUUUUGUACUUUUGCACUCGUUGAAGUGAUCCCGACGUUGAGCGAUGUCCAGCCUGUGUCUGCUGGCCCUCAGAUGAUCCAUGACCACACAUCAUUGAUGCACUUUAGCACCUUUCUGGAGCCUUUCCCCUGCUGUGAACCCCGCAGCUGAUGACCAAAGUGACCGCAACGCCUCCCCGCCGUCGCCCCGAGCCACGCGCCUCCCACAUCCCCUCCCUCAGCCUCAGGCCUCUGCAGGACGUACCAGGAUGUUCCAGAGGUUCGCCAGCGCUUUGUUCGGGGAUGACGUGGAGGAGCUGAGUCGAUGCAAAAGACCCGGAGAUGGGAAAGAGGAGGAUGAGGAGGAUGAAGACUGGAUCUUGGUUAACUAUCUGGCUGAAUCCUGCUCUGGUCAGUGUGGUGACGGCCUCGCUGGAUCCACUGUCAGCCCUCAGGACGGCGAGGACGAGGAAGACCUGGUGAUGAUCCCCUCCCCCAUGGGCAGCCCGCCGAUCCGCUACGCCUCAUGCACCUCUCUCAACUCCACGGCUGACACCGACCCGGACGGCGGUGCAGAGGAGGAUGAAGACGACGAUGAGGAAGAGGAGGGCGGCUUCCUGCGCCUGGAUGCCCGCUCUCUGGAGGAGAGCUGGUUCGUCACCCCUCCACCCUGCUUCACCGGCCGCGGCACCCAACCCAUCCUCCUGGAAACCAGCCCUCUGGAGAAUCUGCUGAUCGAACACCCCAGCAUGUCCGUCUAUGCCCACCACAGCCCCCCACGACUGAACCUCGACCCCCUGCCACGACGCUCACUCGACCAGGAACUGGAUUUCUUGUCCGACAACACACCCGCCAACCCGACAGCCUCAGGUGGAAAGGAGAAGGCAAGACGUACGCUAGAGGGCCCCCGUCACAGGCCAGAGGUGGCAGUCGUCCAGCGCCGAUCCAGCCUUCACUCCACCUGCUACGCUGCGGCGCUCUCCGCCCACCCCGACCUCCUGCAGCAGCGGCCUGGUAACGGCACCCAGCGCACCCAGCCGACGUCCCGCAAGGCCCUGCGCCGCCUCAACCUGCUGCGCCCCCCGAAGGCCGGCACCAUGCACCUGCACCAGCCCAGCCAGAGACACCUCAACUUCUGAGGUGUCCUGACAGCAUCAUCUUCAUCACCACAAUCAUCAUCAUCAUCAACCUCAAUACUUAAAAGCAGUACGGGAAUCCAGCACUGGCCACCCACAAACUCCCACCUCUGUUUCCUUCUUACCAAGAAACAAACACCAGCAACGAGUUUAUGACAUCAUCAGCCACCAUUACGCCUGAUCUGUUCUGAUAUCUGAUUGGACAGUGAAAUAGGGAAGGUGGCUGGUGUUAAUUUUUUUUUUUUUUUCAUUAUAUCAGGACAUGUGGCCAGUGAAGAGUUUUUUCCCUCCUCCUACUCCUCCUCCUCGUCUAUCAUCCAUCCUCCUUUUAUAUCGAUGCUGAGAAGAAGGGAUGUGAAAAGAAAAGGUCAUCAUGUGCAUCAUGUCCCUCUUUCACCCCCACCGUUUCUUCUUCGUUUCCUUUGGACCAGUUUGUGUCCAAUCACAGAGAGAAAGAGAUGUCGCAGUGACGUCCUCUGCCUCUCUUUCUUUUUCUUGUUCUUAAUGUGUAGAAUCAACGCUGUAGGUCACUUUAUUCAGAGGCAGGUUCACGGCGGGAUGGGAUGAUCCGGCGGUGUCACGUCACAGUGUGGCGGUUGAUUGUCUGGCAGCGUUUUGUCGCAACUCGCCAGGACAGCAGGAAAUAGUUUGGAUCCUAAAUCACUUGAACAAGUGCCGUGCAGCGACACAGCGUUCCCAUUUAUUCAUUUGCGCAUAAAGUCGCCAGAAUCUGCAUGGAAUUCACAGUGGUUUCUGUAACAGGAAAACAAAACUUUAAAGUAAAAAAAUCCCCUCAAGUUGUGUUUAUUCUAACUUUUUUGCAGGUAAAGAAAGUUAUGCUUCAUUAUAUGGCAUUAUAGAGCUUUAUUAUAAAAAAUCUACAACAUUUGAACCCAUAUUUGAGCCUCUUUGAAAGUGCAAUACUAAAUCACUUCCUCUUUAAAUAUAAAAUACUUCUUGAAUCCUGGUUUUGGGUAUUUUACUUUUCAUACUCAAAAUGUUUCUUUUUUUUUUUUUUGCAGUAGUUGCAGCGGUUUCAACUGGACUUUCACUCCACCUUCAUUUAUGUUUAAAUACCGAAGACACAAACUUAAGCACGAGCCAGACAUGACGAUGCUGCAUUCACAGGGUUUUCUGUGAAACUGCAGAGUGUAGUAGCUGAAACCUGAGAGACGGAACAGAGAAUUUAAACCAAAUUAGAGUCACAUCUGUCACAAACCCAACCUUGUACUGUAGCUGCUUUGCCUCUUAGUCCAUUUUCUGCUCUUCUAAACCGAUAUUUUUACUUUCAGUGCAUCUCCUCCGUUGUGAUUGUUGGCAGUGGUUGUAGAAUGAAACGCUUUGCUUUAUAAUUCACUUGACCUCAUGUCUGUAUUUGACCAACUGUUUGCAAAAUGCGAAUGAACACCACUGUUACAAAUGAAACCACGAAAGCGAAACACAACCUUAAAAACUGAAUUUAUCAGCAUUAAAGCCUCCCUCAGGGGAUUUGUUUGUUUCCUGCCUUUUGAGUCCUGCAGCACCACCAUUUUGUUAAACGCGAUGUUUCCUGGUUUCUCGUCCUUUCGCGCCGACCGAACCUGCUUCUGACUUAAUAAUUCAGUACUUUUCACAAUAUUUUUUUGAAGAAAAAAAAGAAAAAAGACGGUAAAAAUUACUGGGUUAAAUAUCACUAAAACGCCUUGUUUUAACGGUAGCUUUGAGAUAGAAAUGUAAAAACAAAAUGUAUGUUAAAAAAAACUUCCAAAAUAUUUUUUGAAAAGAAAAAAACAAAUUACAUAUCAGUAUGAAGUUGGUAUAUAUGCGUCUAUGGUUUAUUGCUUAGGUAUGUUUGGUUAUGUUAGUGUGCAAUCUGUUGCAUGGUUGUAGAGUUGUUUAUGUCAUGAUGGUGGAAAAAAGAAAAGAAAAUGGAAAAAGUUUUUUUUUUUCUUGUUUGUUCUUAAAUGAAUCUGCAGUCCACUUCUCAGGGUCACAACCAAUCACCUUUACACUUUAGGAAAAUGCAGAUUUACUUGACGGCUGAUGAUUCUUUGUGCGGACUUUUCCAGCUCUGUCCCUGCGAGCUAGCCCUCGUGAAAAUGUUUGUGAGAAAUAAUUGACUUUUAGUUUAGUGUCUCGGAAACUUUUUUUUGUUUGGUCCCAGGAUUGUGAAAACGAACUGUUGACGCUGUCAGUCGACUGUUGGGAAUCCAUCGAGAUGGAGAGAAACUGUUGGUCUUUUUCAGCGAUGUUUCUAUUUUUUGCUCAAGUGUACCUAACGUGGUUUUAGAAAUGUCUUUAUGCUAUUUUAACUGUUCUAUUUUCCAUGUUAACUUAGUUACAUUUUUGUUUAACUGUUAAAAUAUUUAAACCAAAAAAGUAGCAGUGAUCUUUAACCUUUCACUAGUUUAUAUUACUGAUGUUCUUUUUGUGUGUUUUUUUUAACUUUCAAGUGUUGCUUAACUGUUCUUGGCCUUGGUGCUCUGAAAUAGUGGACUGUUUAAUAUUUUAAUGCGUCUGCUGUAGGGAAAGUGGAGCCCAGGCUGAAAAACCACACUGCAGGAGGAGAGAAAUCAAUCACACAGUGACUGAAAGCUAUUACUGCCAGGAAAGGACGACAACAAAGCAGAUUAAAUGUUAGGAACAAAAAUUCAAGUCAAAAUACAUACAUUUAUUUCUCAAGAUUUUGACUUUGUGGGAAGUUAGGAAAACUAACAUUUUGAGUUAAGUUGCAAUGUGGCUUAGGAAGCAGUAAUGUUGACUUACACGCGUGUUUUUCUGUUGUCGUUUUCCUGCCGAAAUGGGCUGCAAUUAUUUUACACAUCUAUUUAUUGUGUUCUCGAAUGAUCUUGAGACAGAUGAAGGGCUCUAACUUCACAUUUUGCUGAUUAUUUCUCAAGAGAAUUCUUUUUGUCGAACAUUAAACACAUCAAUAGAGAAUGAUUAAGAUAAAGUGAGUCUGUUUAAUGUUAAAGUUUAGGGAACGGAUCCUGUUUAAGCUGACACAAUAUGUCAAGGUCUGUGCAGUGGGAACACAAAAAAAAACAGAUAAUGUCCAUUCACUUUUGAUGGAACUUUUGUGCAGUGUGGUUCUUGUAUCUCCAUUAAAAUAUGACUUUAGUUUUUGGUUGUGUUAAUGCGACAGUAGCAUUAUUCAGAAGGCACUAACACGCGUGUGUUAGGCAUCUGUGUGGUUCGCUGUAAAUAAUCGUAUAGUGGAGUGGGUAUCUGGUGUUUUUAAGCUUUUCUUUCAUUUUUCGAAUGUGUCUCUUUCUCUACUAUCGAGCUUUGCAAUCAUGAACGAUGUUAUUUUGUGUUACUAAGAUGUUUUUCGAAAAAGAAACUUAAAGACGGAAGGGAUCGGAGGAGAUGUUAACGGCUUUUCCUGCUGUCAGGAGCCUUAAACAUUUUACGUGUUUUCUAGUUUCCGUUCUCAGCUCAUCUCUCCAUCAUCAGACUAACAGGGAUUUGUAAUAUUUUUGUUCAAUGCCUUGAAAUUUGUGGAUCACGUGCCUUCCAGGUUGAAAUGUUGUAAUGACAAUGCAUCAAUGAAGAACUUGAACUCUCUCUAUCUCUCUCUCUCUCUUUAUUAUUUUUUGUUAAACGUUCAGAGUGGACGUAUUGAAUAAAAUUACACAAACAGACAUCAGAAACCAACUAUGCAUCACUUGGAGGAAGCUUGUACGCUCUCACCACCACCAUCCGCCCAGCCAGUGUACAGCUUUUAUAAUGACUUAACAAACCAGACAGAAUGAUGUAGCAAAACCUCUUUUCUCCCCCCCCUUUUUUUUUUUUUUAAGUGUGAAGAAUGUUUUGUGGCAUUUUUAUUUUUCACCAAGUGUUAGACAUUAUUUGCUUUUUUUGUGUAGUUUACUGGAAUAAUGCAGCACUUUGCCAAAAAGGAAAAAAAGGUGUAGGAAUUUUGGGGUUAACUUUUUAUUUAUCACAUAACUGGUUUCCUUCUUUGUAUUUUGGAUGUAUGACAGAUCAAGUCACUCUGUCCUGAUGUCAGAAACAAAAAAAAAGCUAAUUGAAAAGUGGGGUCAUCUGUUUUCAAACUGUAAUAGUUAGUACAUGUGAUCUCUUAUUAGCCUAUAAUAAAUGUUUUCAUACACAGAA